UAGCAAUCAACUUUAUACUUUUCAUACCGUUCAAAUCUUUUUCUAUUAUUACUUAAACCUUAAGUUUUUUUCUGUGCAGUUGCUGAGGUCUGUAAUGGGGGGGAGCCCCAAAACCUCGAAAUGAAAACUUACACUCACUAUUUUCUUUGAAAAUAUACGUGAGUUCUACAAAAGCAGUUUUCAUAACCAUCGAACGAAUAAGUUUUUUAGACGAAGCUCAAAAUUAAUCUAAACCAAAAUGAAGACCGAGACUAGUCGAUAGUCUCAGUUUAGUCUCGGUUUUGGAUAGGUCCCUACUUAUUACCAUUUUAAAUUCUCUAGCUACUACAUCAACCACUUCCACAACUGCUACGACAACUACAAUAACUACAACAACUACAACAACCACAACCACAUCGACAACGACAACUACAACGACAACAACGACAACAACUACAACAACCACAACGACAACGACGACAACAAUAACGACAACAACUACAACAACAACAACAGCAACGACCUCGACAACAGCUACAACGACAACAACCACCACAACACAAAUGCUUGGAUGGACACUAAGUGGAAGUAUGAGUUAUGAUCGAUAUCAUCACACGGAGUCUUUGUUAGCAAAUGAAAAAGUGUUGGUUGUUGGUGGAUAUACUUCCUCUCUUGGUUCCUUAAGUACUGCUGAGUUGUAUGAUCCAGCCACAUGGAUGUGGACACUAACUGGGAGUAUGAGUUAUGCUCGAUAUUAUCACACAGCAUCAAUGUUAACGAGUGGUAAAUUAUUAGUCACGAGUGGAUAUUCUACCACUAGCGGUUAUUUAAAUAGUGCUGAGUUGUAUGAUCCAUCAACAGGUGUGUGGACACUCACUGGUAGUAUGAGUUAUGCUCGAUACAUUCACACAGCAUCUGUGUUAACAAAUGGAAAAGUUUUAGUGACUGGUGGAUAUAAUGGAGGUGGUCUACGAACUACUGAAUUGUACGAUCCAUCGACAGGAAUGUGGGCACUCACUGGAAGUAUGAGUUAUGAUCGAUAUUAUCACGUGGCUUCUGUGUUAACAAAUGGAAAAGUACUAGUUGCCGGUGGAUACUCUAGCACUUAUGGUGUUUUAAAUACUGCUGAGUUGUACGAUCCAUCAACAGGUGUGUGGACACUUACUGGUAGUAUGAGUUAUGCUCGAUAUGUUCAUACAGCAUCUGUGUUAACAAAUGGGCAGGUUUUAGUCGCUGGUGGAUAUAAUGGAGGUGAUCUGCAGACUGCUGAGUCGUAUAAUCCAUCGACAGCAACGUGGACACUCACUGGGAGUAUGAGUUAUGGUCGAUAUUAUCACACAUCAUCCUUAUUAACUAAUGGCAAAGUAUUAGUCGCUGCUGGAUAUGGUGCCACAACUGGCGUUCUAAAUAGUGCUGAAUUGUAUGAUUUAUCAACAGGCGCAUGGACAAUCACCACUAGCCUGAGUUAUGCUCGACAUGCUCACUCAGUAUGCGUGUUAACGAAUGGAAAAGUAUUAGCUGUAGGUGGAGUUGGAAUUAGCUCUUCAGAACUGUAUCAACCAUAA